AUGUCUUUCAACCGUACCUGCUUCAACUGCGGCCAGCCCGGCCACAAUGCUGCUGCCUGCCCCACCGCCGGCAACCCUUCAUGCUACAACUGUGGCCAGCAGGGUCAUAUCUCCUCCCAGUGCGGCAUGGAGGCUCAGCCCAAGACCUGCUACAAGUGCAGCGAGACCGGCCACAUUAGCCGGGAGUGCCCCACCAACCCCGCACCUGCUGCUGGCGGACCUGGUGGCGAGUGCUACAAGUGCGGUCAGCACGGCCACAUUGCUCGUGCCUGUCCUACCGCCGGCGGUAGCUCCCGUGGCGGCUUUGGCGGUGCCCGAUCGGGUGGCCGCAGCUGCUACAACUGCGGUGGUGUUGGUCACCUUUCGCGCGAGUGCACCUCGCCCGCCGGCGCCGCUGCCGGUGGCCAGCGAUGCUACAACUGCAACGAAUCGGGUCACAUCAGCCGCGAGUGCCCCAAGCCUCAGACCAAGAGCUGCUACCGAUGUGGUGACGAGGGUCACCUCUCGGCCGCCUGCCCUCAGAUCGCUGCCUAA